AUGAUUGAGAGCAUUGCACUAAGAAAGUUCGCUGUCUCGUAUUUUCUGGUACACCCUACCAAGCCACUGUGUAAUCUGGUCAAUAGAAUAACAACCACGAUACGGAACAGGUUUUUUAAAGGAGAGAUCGUGUUUCUCAAGAGCAAGGAGCUGACUGGCCGGAUUGUGGAAACAACAAAGACGGGGUACAUUGUGGAAAUAUAUGACGACAGCCCAUCGCCGCAAAAAGAGGAGGUCAAGGCAGAGAAUCUUCUGCGGAAAGACAGCGCCACGAAGAACGAAGUGCUUGGGUUUAUACUGAGCGUGACGCGGGACACUCCGCUUGGCCGGAUUGUAGCAAACAACAUAAUACAGGAGUUGGGUGUCUUCAAGGGGCAGAAGCCCUUGAAGAGCAUGGACAAGCAGGGAAGCAUGUACAAGGCAGACGAGCCUUUUGUCCAGCCGGAGAAAAAAGAAGUCUGCCAGGCCCCCGACCCGCUUGCAGAGGAGAAGGAGCGGGCGCUUGAGGAGCUUGAGGAAAAAAGAGUGGAGGACAUAUCGAAGGAAAUAUUAAAAAUACCUGCAGAGAAGUGGCAGUCUCCAAUAAACACGUACGAGGCAAACCGGAGAAUACUCUCUGUGUACGCGUCCCUCAGCGCAUUCUCAGAUUUCCUUAAGGUGAAAGCGUUUACGCUCGACGACUUCGUUGGCGCUCUGUUUUGUCCCGAGAAAACCACGCGCAUUCUGGUGGAGGUGUACUCCAAGCUGCUGAAGGCGAUUUCGCAUGAGAGAAGGAAGACGGGAAAGGAGGGCCUUAGAGACAUGAUCCAGGUUGCUUCGAACAUAACGUAUGACAACCCAGCCCUGCCGGCGCUGGGAAAUAUGAUGGAGGUUAGCGAAAUGAAAGAGGACACGGGCUUUACUCGGGUCCAGUGGUUUGCCGGAGACGCAACGUCGAAGACGCUGCAGUCGUACAUGAAAAGCUUUGUCUACGACGUGCUGACUGUAUACAGUAUAAAAGUUGGCACAAACGAGUUCAUGCCAGGCUGCGAAAAAGUCCAAAGCCCAGAGUCGCUUGCAAUAGACAGACUUCUGAUGCUGUCUUUUCUUAUGGAGACAGUUGUGCUGGGGAUGCGGUUUAGAGGAUACUAUGACACCGCUGUCAACGAGUACAAGGACAAGGAGAAGGAAAGAGUGCCUGUGGCACACGAGCUGAAGAGGCUGCAUGGGGAGGCGCUGGUGACGGAAAGCGCGCAGGACAUGAAGACUGUGAUCGAAAAAACAGAAAAAACGCUCAAGGGAUACAACAAUGCAUGCAAGCCUGAGAUAAUAAGGAGCAAAAUAUACAAAUACGCAGACAUAACGUUUUUGUACAUCGGGGGGCGUCUGUUUUACGAGCACAAAAAGGCUUUCUACAUGAUUGACGAGGCGAAUUGGAGCGGGUUUAUAGCUUUGUUUAAUCCAGACAAGAGAAAAGACGGCGGACUGGUUGAGAAUGUCAAAAAGUUUCUUCGGGUUAUAUAA